CAAGGCUCAAAGAAAUUGCAACAUGUUGGAUAACACUACUGUUCCAGUGUUUCGAUCUUCUUCCUCUGAUCAUCUCAAUGGGGUCACUCAGAAAAGAAAAAGAAGGCCUGCUGGUACCCCAGAUCCGGAUGCAGAGGUGGUUGCUUUAUCACCAAAAACGCUGCUGGAAUCAGACAGGUAUGUGUGUGACAUCUGCAACCAAGGGUUCCAAAGAGACCAGAACCUUCAAAUGCACAGGAGAAGGCACAAGGUUCCAUGGAAGCUGCUGAAAAGGGAAGAAACACGAGAGGUGAAGAAGAGGGUUUACGUUUGCCCAGAGCCGAGCUGUUUGCACCAUGAGCCUUGCCAUGCCUUGGGAGAUCUGGUUGGCAUCAAGAAACAUUUCAGGAGGAAGCACAGCAAUCAGAAGAGAUGGGUUUGCCAAAAAUGCGCCAAAGGUUACGCGGUUCAGUCUGAUUACAAGGCUCAUCUCAAGAUUUGUGGCACCCGUGGCCAUUCUUGUGACUGUGGUCGAGUUUUUUCCAGGGUGGAGAGUUUCAUUGAACACCACGAUGCUUGCAUCGGUCGCGCACUAGGUGUUCAACCCGAAUUGCAGGCGCUGCACCGGGGCUGUUCAUAUCGAACCGGUUCAAGCACUAGUCCUUCAAGCGAUACACACUUCGGCAUGGACGUGCCUGCUAAUAUCUUGCACAGCAAUGCAUCUACUUAUGAACACCGAAACAACCUUGAGCAUCAACUUCUACCGUCAUCGACUCCUCAGUCGCCGCCCAAUUCCAACGAGAAUUGCGCGACUUCUUUGAAGCUUUCGAUAGGGUCGAGUGAAGCCAACAAGCUUAGUUUAGAUACAUUUAGUGAAAAGAAUGCCAGUGAGCAGCUAAAGUUGGCCAUGGCAGAGAAUAGCUUCGUCGAAAAGGCUAGACUCGAAGCGAAGAAGCUGAUUCAAAUGGCCGAGCUUGAGUUUGUAAGUGCUAGAAGGAUAAGGCAACAAGCCCAAGGUGAACUCGACAAGGCUCAAGUCUUGAAAAAUAAAGCAACGAAGAAGAUAAGUGCUACUGUCAUACAAAUCACUUGUCAAGCUUGCAAGCACCAAUUUCAAACAUCAACAGCUGCGGUUCCAGCCAAUGAGACCUCACUUGCUAUGAGUUACAUGUCGUCGGGCACAACGGAAGGGGAAGUAGAGUGGCGGCAAGUCAAUCAUACAACAGAAAUGAUCGAUUCUUAACCAUUAAAAUCUCUUUGCUUUGAUCUACAUGUUCUGGCAAAUUU